AUGGCUCCUUCAGAAGACGGCGUUCUCGUCGCAGCAAGCAACAAGAAGCGCCCCGCCAGCGUCUCGGGGUCUUCGACCGGUAGCAGCGAUGAUUCGAGCCGUCGCAAGAAGCGUCGCGAUCGCAAGAACGGAAGCAGCAAGAAGCGAAGUAAUGGUGACAUAUCUGUUCCAGGUGCUUUCGCGCAGCGCCGCAACAGCCUUGCCAAGGCCUCGCGGGAUCCUCGCGAUGAACCCCUCCCCAAGAAGAAGCGCGCCGUUGCAGAGGGCGCUGUCGUCAAGACGAGGUCGCCUAGUCCCGUGAUUGACUUUGAUGGUCUUAGUAGGCCAAGCCGCGGCACCCGAGAGAGACGAGAAGAGACAAAGGAACAAGCCGAGCAGCGCCUCGAUCGCAUGCGCGGUGCCGUGCGCACGCUCCUCGAGUGCGUCGGCGAAGAUCCCGACCGUGAGGGUCUCCUCGACACGCCCUCGCGCUACGCCAAGGCUCUUCUCUUCUUGACUCAAGGAUACCAGGUCAAUGCUGAGGAUAUCGUCAACAAUGCUUUAUUUAGGGAGGGGCAUAGUGAGAUGGUUGUUGUCAAGGAUAUUGAAGUCUUUUCUCUUUGCGAGCAUCACCUCGUCCCCUUUACAGGCAAGAUGCACAUCGGCUACAUCCCCAACGAAACCGUCAUCGGCCUCUCCAAGCUCCCCCGCAUAGCCGAAAUGUUUGCCCGCCGCCUUCAGAUCCAGGAGCGCCUCACAAAGGAAGUCGCCAACGCCAUCAUGGAGAUCCUGAAACCCCAGGGUGUAGCCGUCGUCAUGGAGUCGAGCCACCUGUGCAUGGUGAUGCGCGGCGUCGAAAAGACCACCACUUCCACCAUCACCAGCUGCGUCCUCGGAUGCUUCGAGCGCAAGUCCAAGACGCGCAACGAGUUUCUCAACCUCAUCGGUAUCAACCGAUAA